AUGGCUCGGGACACAGGGGAGAGGCAGCGGGAGGCAGAGGCCUGCGGCCUGGGGCCAGGAGAGGUCCCAGCCCUCCGGUCAGCGCCCACCACUGACCCAGCAGCAUCCCCCAUCCCGUCCUCAGCAGGGGUCUGCUCCACUCCCCAGAGGCCCCAGGCCAAAGGGACACAAAGGAGAGUGUUCUCCAGUCCUUGGGAUGGCAGGAAAUGGGAUGUCUCCCUGGGCUUCAACCUUCUUUGGGGGCCUCUGGUGCCGCCUGACCAGGCUAGGUGCUGCCCGGCCGCCAUCGCCCCCCCCCCCGAGGGCUCUGUGCCUGCUGCUGCUCCGCGUGGCCGAUGCUCCGGGCAGCCGCUCGCUUCUCUCUUGCAUGUGUGCUUGUGCCUCCGCCAUGAAGAAGCUGCUGAGGACGAGAGGGAGGAGGACGAGGAAGAGGAGAAGCCCAGGCCCAAACUGACGGCUCCUAAGAUCCCAGAAGGGGAGAAAGUAGACUUCGAUGACAUCCAAAAGAAGCGUCAGAACAAAGACCUCAUGGAGCUCCAGGCCCUCAUUGACAGCCAUUUCGAGGCCAGGAAGAAGGAGGAGGAAGAGCUGAUCGCGCUCAAAGAGAGGAUUGAGAAGCGCCGCGCAGAGAGGGCCGAGCAGCAGAGGAUUCGUGCCGAGAAGGAGCGGGAACGCCAGAACAGACUGGCGGAAGAGAAGGCCAGGAGAGAGGAGGAGGAUGCCAAGAGGAGAGCCGAGGAUGACCUGAAGAAGAAGAAGGCCCUGUCCUCCAUGGGAGCCAACUACAGCAGCUACCUGGCCAAGGCUGACCAGAAGAGAGGCAAGAAGCAGACAGCCAGGGAGAUGAAGAAGAAGAUUCUUGCCGAGAGACGCAAGCCACUCAACAUCGACCAUCUUAGUGAUGACAAGCUGAGGGACAAGGCAAAGGAGCUCUGGGAUACUCUGUACCAACUUGAGACGGACAAGUUUGAGUUUGGGGAGAAGCUGAAACGCCAGAAGUAUGAUAUCACCACCCUCAGGAGCCGCAUUGACCAGGCCCAGAAGCACAGCAAGAAGGCCGGUGCCACGGCCAAGGGCAAAGUCGGCGGGCGCUGGAAGUAGAGGAGCCGGGAGGCUCCCCGUGGCAGAGAUCCUCAGCCCCAACUGGCUCCGACA